AUGGCGCAUCACAUGGCCGUUAGAGCCGGCGAGGAGAAGCUUCAGGCGAGGAUCAAAGGGACUGCGAUUGUGCAUCCAGCUUUCUGGGGGAAAGAACCGAUCGACGAGCUUGAUGUGCAAGACAGAGAAGCUAGGAGGCGAGUUGCGGAAGUUUGGGAGAAAUUGGUUAGUCCGAAUAGUGUGGAUGGAGCGGACGACCCGUGGUUUAAUGUAGUCGGAUCCGGGUCGGAUUUUUCUGAUUUGGGAUGUGAGAAGGUUUUGGUUGCGGUUGCUGGGAAGGAUGUGUUUGUGAGGCAAGGUUUGGGGUACGCGGAGAAGGUGAAGAGGAGUGGGUGGAGAGGAGAUGUGGAGGUGAUGGAGGAGGAAGAUGAAGAUCAUUGCUUUCAUCUCUUGAACCCUGGUUCUGAAAAUGCUCCAAGGUUCAUGAACAAGUUUGUCGAGUUUGUUACAGGUUGA